AUGUUUAACGCACUCAACCGCUUCAUGUCCCGCCUGGACGGCGAUGCCCCGCAACAUCAACACGAUCGCGACUCGUUUGGCUUCCAGGUGCUGCGAAACACGAACCUCGACCUACCAAUUGAGCCCUGGUUUGAUUAUAUCGUUGGAAUCAACGGGAGACCAAUUGAUAAUCCCGACCCAAGCUUGUUCGCCCAAGAAGUACAAAACUGCGCCGGCGGAACUGUAACUUUUGGACUGUGGAGCGCAAAGGGCCAACGUGUAAGAGAAAUGCACAUUCCGGUGCCCGUGGAUACCGCUUCGCUGGGACUUGCUCUUCAGUUCGCGCCCAUCUCGCUCGCGGCCAACAUUUGGCACGUGCUUGAUGUGCCAGCCAACUCACCAGCUGAUGUUGCUGGGCUGCUACCUUACAGCGAUUACAUCCUUGGCAGCCCCGAAGGCGCAUUGCAUGGUGAAAGUGCCCUUGGCGAGCUUGUCGAAGAUUUCAUCGGACGGCCGCUCCGGUUAUACGUUUACAAUAACGAGUACAACGUCGCGCGCGAAGUCACGAUACAGCCUAGCCGAAGCUGGGGCGGAGAUGGAGCUCUGGGAUGUACUUUGGGCUACGGCGCGCUGCACCGGUUACCAGCCCCCUUGAGCGAGCCCGUCAACGCCCCCGGAGAAACAAUGUUCGACGGCGAGUUUAACGAGAAGAGGUCAAACGAAUACAUCUCAACAGAAACCAGCACUCCGCCGCCGCCGCCUACGGGAGGCGACUUUUUGGUGCCCGCCCAGAUUGUUGACGCAGCGCCUACGAGUGCGCCUCCACGGGGUGGUACGCCACGAGGUGGGAAGAAGAAGGAGCGUCAUGUUGCCAACAAUGAUUUCAUGGCCGACUAUCUCAGGGAAGAAGAGCAAAAGAGUAUAGCGCUAGACAAUGCGCCCAAGAGCAAAGGCACAGGCGUACCGCCGCCUCCCAAGGGAGCUGGUGGUCCACCAAAGGCCGAACCAAAAGGAGAUGAAGUUGACAGUGGCGGAGCAUAG